AUGGUCGAGAAGCUUUACGUUACCUACAACGAUGUGCACAACAUGUGCCAGGAGAUCGCUCCUAAGAUCCUCGAAACCUUCAACCCCCAGCUCAUGAUCGCCAUUGGCGGUGGUGGCUACGUUCCUGCCCGCAUCAUCCGCUCUUUCCUUAAGCGCCCCGGCUCUGCCAACAUCCCCAUCCAGGCCAUCGGUCUCUCUCUCUACGAGUCUCUCGGUGACAAUGUCGUUGAGGAGCCCGGUACCAAGGUUACCCGCACCCAGUGGCUCGACCUUACUGCCCUUGGUUCCAUGAAGAACCUUGUCGGCAAGCGCAUCCUCAUCGUCGAUGAGGUUGAUGACACCCGCACCACCCUCGAGUACGCCGUCAAGGAGCUCCAGAAGGAUGUUGAGGCUGCCCGUCAGGCCCUCGGCGAAGGCGAGGAGACCCAGUUCGCCAUCUUCGUCCUCCACAACAAGGACAAGCCCAAGAAGGGCACUCUCCCCGAGGACGUCAUCUCCCAGGGCCGCUACUUCGCCGCUCUCACCGUCGGUGACGAGUGGAUCUGCUACCCUUGGGAGGCUGGCAACAUUGAGGAGCACGACCGCAACGCUGCUGAGGCCAAGGCCAAGAAGGCUGCUGCCGCCCAGAACUAG